GUUCGCGCUCCGCCAGUACUGAAGCAGUACUACAAGUACUUAGUACCGUGUCCGUGUUAGUGUAGUUUUUUUUUUAGAUUUGAAUUAAAAGGGUGCUGGCGAGAUGAGGGGUAUCUUCUCAUUCUUGCUCUCCUCUUUCCUGAUGUACGCGGCGGCUGACGAGAAGACUAGGAAUGACACGAACAUCGUUGACUUCCUCGGCCAGGGAAUUCAAAAGGAAAUCCAAACUGUCAAACAACCGAUUGACGAGACCAUCGCCUACGUAGGAUCGUCACAAUGUAAGCACGUUAAGAAAUUACUGGGGGUUUCGUACGAGCAGUUACAGGGAGAGAAUGAACCAGACCUGAACAGCCUUACCCUUUUCUACAAAACCAAGGCAUAUACAACGAUCAUCAAUAUAACAGCGGCGGCGGAAACGCUGCGUCAGGCUCGGAGCUUCGACCCUGAUGACAAGCUAAUCAUCUUUGUGCACGGAUUCACGGACGACCCCACUAAGGACAGCUUCACGGAAAUCAGUCGCUCAUUUAUUGAAAAUGGCCACGUCGGUGUGAUUGCACUGGACGGCAGUUCACUGAUCCGCUGGCUGUACCUGCGCUCCACGACUUACGUGCGCUUCAUGGGACAAAAGCUUGGAGAAGUUUUAGCUUCCAUGGUAUAUCAGGGUCAAGAUCCGGCAAAAAUCCACAUAAUCGGGCACAGCCUGGGAGCACACAUAUCCGGGUUCGCUGGGAAAACCUUCAACGAAUUGACCGGGAAGCUGGUCGGUAGGAUCUCCGGCCUGGACCCGGCCGGGCCUUGCUUCAGCCACGUGGAUCCGGACUGCCGGCUGAUACACACUGACGCGGCCUUCGUGGACGUCAUACACACGGAUGCCGGCGUGUAUGGGAUUAAAGAUAUAGUUGGUCACGCGGACUACUUCCCAAACAGCGGCGCCUUGCAGCCGAACUGCCUGCUGCAGACGUGCUCCCACAGUCGCGCGUGGCAGAUAUUCGGCGAGUCCGUGGUCACCAGGGACGCCUUCCCCGCGGUCAAGUGCAAGGACUGGGAAGCGUUCAAGAGCGGAGACUGUCUGAACGAAAUUAGCUACAUGGGCUACGGGGCCAAGCCUGACGCCCGCGGACAGUACUUCCUGCAGACCGGCGGGAAGUUCCCGUACGGCCUGGGGAAGAGCGGCAUCAAGUACAGGAACACGGACGGAAUAGUCAAGAACAUCGGGAACAUCUUCGGAUAAAAUCAUACUCAAUAUAAGUCUAUUCUAGUAGGAUCCUUGUUGCUCGUUUUAAACAAAAUGCCCCUUCUUUGUACAGAUUGCCACAUUACAUAAUAAAUUAAAUAAUUAAUAGUUUUAAUAAAUUAAACUUUAUUCUUUAAGUUUAAUGAUAAUUCAAGCAUUACUGUGUUAAGAGCAAGGUUUAUUUCUAGUCCUUAAUAUUGACAAUAUUUUAUUGAACCAAUUUAUUAUUAUUGAAGGUAAAUUAUAAAUAUAAAUGAAUCAAAGAACUAGUGUUAUCUAGAUUUGUCCGAGUAAGUGUUAAUUUUUUUAUUAUUAUUUAUUUAAACAAACGUAAUGUGAUAGUAUAAAAUUGUAUUAAUAAUAUUUGUAAUUAUUUGAAAUAAAAGUCUCGUAAAAACAAAGCAUCUUUAUUGUAAUAUCUGUUACUUCAUAACUUCGUUAAAUAUCAAAUAAUACGGAGCUGGGGACUCUUACAAAAAUAAACAUCUUCAAUAAAUAUAAAAUUAUAACGCAAGACGUGUUACGUACAGUCGACAUAAAAAAACACCUUUCAUUGAUAGUAGGAAAGUUAUUUGAUA